CACCAAAAUAUUUACGUUCGUUCCAAUUAUUUUUCCAAACCAACUUCAUUCAUUCAAUUACAAUUCCAAUUCGCUUGGUAACAUCUUUAUCACAAUGAAAUCGCUUAUUGGCUUUGGAAUCGCUUUUCUCCUUCUUCAUUAUUCCCUCGCUUCCGACGCCAAUCCUCCAUACCCCAAGGCUUUUUCUGACUUGAAGGAAUCGAUUGUGAAAGGGUUAGGGUUUACGGCUGAAGAUGAUACCAAGAUUACAGGGUUUGAUCUGAGAGAGGCUAAGGUUGGACAUUCCGUAGAAUACCAAUUCGAUAUUGAAAUUGAUGAUAAGGUUGUUCCAUUCAAGCUUCUUGAGGAUGCUAACCGAUGGGACUAUGUUGAUCUUCCAAUUUUCCGCGUCGAGGAUCAAAACGGGUUGGUUCAUAAACGGGUUUCGGGUAAUGGUUUACCUGUUUUGGCUCCGUUUCAGCUCGCUGGACCCAUGGAGCUUUGGAUUCAGGAUGCUAAGGAUAUGAGAAUCUCUCUCCCACAUGAUGUGGAUGCUGGGGUGUUGAAGAAAGUGGUUUUGGCUGAUGGUGCAGUGGUUACUGUGAAAGGUGCAAGAUCAGUGAGUCUUCGCCAUCCGCUUGAUUUACCUCUGCCCUUAAACCAAACACAGAGUGGAUUUGCUGCCGGGCUUCUCACCUUGGCCGAGCAUCUCCGGCAUGCUUCUCUUGGCCAGAGUGCUCCCCUACUCUCACUCCGCAUCGUUGGUCCUACUUCACUUGAAGCCCCUCCCUCUGCAUCAACCUCUUCCAAUAGCAGGUUGAAGCUCAAGCGCCUUGCGCCUGGUCUUGUGGAGUUAUCGUCUCAAUCAAAACCCAAAUUAAUCGAUGCCCUAUCAACCAUUGAUCUCCAGGAGGAAGCCCCAACUCUCCUUACUCCUACCAAGUUUUCUGCAUUGUGGCCUCUUGCUUCCCUUAAUGGAUCAAAUGCCAACUUGUUGGGUUUUGAGAAACUGUUAUCUUCUGUGCUGGGUCCGAAGGCUAAUGGGAAGGGUUCCUUCAGGUUGUUGAAGGCUGAUGUUUCUGCUCAGACUUUUGUAAAAAUAGGCUUUCAAGCUGAGAAGAAGCUGAAGGAAGGAGAUGGAAUUAGUUUGGAGGGUUUCCCUGAAUGGAGGACUAAACCUGAUACUGUAAGAUUGCAUUUUGAGGUGCUUGCUAAAGUUGAUGGUGAUAAAGUCAUACCUGAGAGAGUCAUGCAAGUUAACCCUGUUGUUAUGGAGGACAGUGUGGCGUUAAAUGUGAUGACUAACAAUGAGACAAUGUCAAAGAUGCCGAUUGUUCACCCUCCCCCCAUCCCCUUUGCCUUGUAAUUCGUUGGAAGGGUUUGAUUUUUGUAUAUUUUAACCCAGAGGAAUUGUAGAGAAGAUUCUUGUUUUGCCUUUGAUGCAUAUAUGUUAGUUAAGAUACUUGUAAAAAUGAUGAGUAACGAGAAAGUUGUUUUAUUUUCCCAGUUGCUUCUGGUUGUGAUAAUUGUAACAUUUCUCAGAACUAUUCAAAGUAACUACUUUGAUCAAACAAUUAUUAACUUAAAAUGUAGGAUUUCAUCUUA